UGCCACGCGGCGCGCGGGGGCUGCCGGGAGGCGGCGCCGCUGGUGCCACGCGGGGGCUGCCGGGAGGCGGUUCCCGUGGUGCCCGGCGGCGGCGGCGGGCAGGCGGCGGGAUGCGGCUGUCGGUGGCGGCCGCCAUCUCGCACGGGCGCGUGCACCGGCGGCUGGGCCUGGGCCCCCGCUCGCGCCUCGACCUGCUGCGCAACCUGGUGACGGCGCUGGUGCGGCACGAGCGCAUCGAGGCGCCGUGGGCGCGUGCCGACGAGAUGCGGGGCUACGCGGAGCGGCUCAUCGACUACGCCAAGCGGGGGGACACCGACGAGCAGGCCAUGCGCAUGGCGGACUUCUGGCUGACGGAGAAGGACCUCAUCCACAAGCUGUUCAAGGUGCUGGCACCACGGUUCCAGCCCCACGCUGGCAAGUACACCCGCCUGCUGCAGAUCCCCAACCGGGACAGCCUCGACCGCGCCAAGAUGGCUGUCAUUGAGCUCAAGGGGAACCCCUUCCCCCCGCUCAUCCGCACGCGCCAGGACACCGAGAAGACACUGCUCAACCAGCUCCUGAAGGGCUACCGGGAGGAUGUCCAGCGGGCCACGGCCCCGCACGUCCCCGAGGGCACCGCUGUGUAGGCAUCCCUCUCUUCUCCAAGGGAGGCCUUGUGCAAGCGUGGGGAUGGGGCUUGGCAUGAGCCACGUGUGCGUGAGACCAGCAGGCUCGCCUGGAGGGGCAGCUCACUGCUGUCCCAGAGCACAGGACUGCACAGUGUCCUAGGAGGUCUCAAGGUUCAUUCCCAGCCCUGAAUUAUCAUAACAGGGGCACAAGCUUGAGGUUUACUUCCUUUUUCCUGUGAUUUAAAUAGCAAUUGAGCAAGAGAAGGAAAUCAAGCUGGGAGCCUUGAUGGUUGAUGUUCUUUGUGUAAAUAAACACUAUUCAGAAAGUGA